UUGUUUUUGUUGCGCGCGGUUGUGCUUAGCUUGUAUGUGUAUACCAGCAACAGCAGCAGCGCCGGUCUGAGCGAGAGAGACUGACGCCCGUGUGUGCAUGCAUACAUGCCGAAAGGAAAAACGUUCACUUGACUGCAAUUUUCAUUAGUGUGGAAAAUUGUGAGAACCGAAGACAGAAAAUCGAAAACAAAACAAAAUAAGAAAGCAGUAGAAAACAUUCCACACAGACAGUACAAUAAUCGCAAUACGAAAUUGACAAUACAACUGCGCAGAAUAGUUGUAGAUUCUCCUUAGUUCAAGAAGAAGAAGAAGAGUGCCAGAGACGGUGGGGCACACAGAAACACAGACACACACUCACAGAUACACCUACCUGGUAGUGUGUGAGUGAAUCGACAACGACAACAAUAACAACAACAACAACAACAGGAAGAAGAACAACAACCAAAAUGCGGCGGCAGUCAACGAUGCUGGCCGCGAUAUUAGUAGCUGCCAUUUUGGGCAGCACAACGGCAAUGAACAAUUCUCCGCCCCGGAUUAUCAAACAGCCGCCCACCGAUGAGCUGCUUUUCAAGGUGGCGCAACAGAACAAGGAGAGCAACAAACCAUUCAUUAUUGAGUGCGAGGCCGAUGGACAACCGGAACCGGAUUAUAGUUGGAUCAAGAACGGCAAAAAGUUCGACUGGCAGGCGUACGAUAAUCGUAUGUCGCGUCAGCCUGGACGUGGCACACUGGUGAUCACAACGCCAAGGGAUGAGGAUCUUGGACAAUAUCAAUGUUUUGCCACAAACGAGUUUGGCGUUGCCACAUCGAAUUCGGUGUUUGUGCGCAAGGCCGAGUUGAAUGCGUUCAAGGAUGAGGCAGCCAAGAGUGUUGAGGCCGUCGAGGGUGAACCCUUCUCACUGCAGUGCGAGGCACCCGAUGGUUGGCCAAAGCCAACGGUCAAUUGGUUGAUCCAGCAGUCGAUCGAUGCUGGCAUCAAAUCGAUCAACAAUUCACGCAUGACCCUCGAUCCGGAGGGCACACUCUGGUUCUCCAAUGUGACCCGUGACGAUGCUAGCGAUGAGUUUUGGUACGCCUGUUCGGCAACAUCAGUUUUCCGCAGUGAGUACAAGAUCGGCAACAAGAUCCUUCUCGAUGUGAAGCAAAUGGGCGUCAGUGCGGCACAGAAUCGUUAUGCACCCAAGCGUCAAUAUGUGACCCGCAAGAAUGAGGUGGCACUGCGUGGCAAACGUGUGGAAUUGUAUUGUAUCUAUGGCGGCACUCCAUUGCCGCAGACCGUGUGGAACAAGGACGGACAGCGUAUACAGUGGAACGAUCGAAUAACGCAGGGCAAUUAUGGUAAAUCCUUGGUCAUACGGCAGGCGAACUUUGAUGAUGAGGGCACCUACAGUUGUGAUGUAUCCAACGGUGUUGGCAAUGCUCAAUCCUAUUCGAUCAAUUUGAAGAUUGUUGCGAUACCGUAUUUCACCGAAGAGCCCGAAAUACAGAAUGCCGCCGAGGAUGAGGAAGUCAUCUUUAAUUGCAAGGCAGCUGGACAUCCGGAGCCGACAAUUCAAUGGAUACACAAUGGUAAACCGAUUGCCCAGGCCGAGCCAAAUCCACGACGCACAGUGACCAAUAACUAUAUCAAGAUCACAAAUCUGGUGAAGUCCGAUACGGGCAAUUAUGGCUGUAACGCAACCAACUCUCUUGGAUAUGUCUACAAGGAUGUUUACCUCAAUGUGUUGGCUCUGCCGCCAGAGAUUCAGAAAGCGCCACGUGCUGAGACAACAGUUGAUGGACGCAACAUCACGAUGCAGUGUCGUGUCUUUGGUGCACCCAAACCUCAGGUCAAGUGGCGUCAAAACAACAACUGGUUGACCGGUGGACGUUACAAUGUGCUCGAGUCGGGAGAUCUGCAAAUUAGUGAGGUGACAUUUGCCGAUAAUGGUAACUACACUUGUCUGGCGAUCAAUAAGUUUGGCAAUGCGACCGCCCAAGGAACACUGGAGGUCAAGGAGCGCACUAGAAUCACACAGGAGCCACAAAACUAUGAGGUCGCUGCCGGACAAUCGGCAACGUUCCGUUGCAAUGAAGCCCAUGACGACACACUGGAUUUGGAGAUUAUCUGGCUGAAGGAUGAACAACCGAUUGACUUUGAUGCGGAGGCACGUUUCGUCAAGACCAAUGACAAUUCUCUGACCAUUGCCAAGACCAUGGAAUUGGAUUCGGGUGAAUAUACGUGUGUGGCCCGGACGCGAUACGAUGAGGCGACCGCAAAGGCGAAUCUUAUUGUACAGGAUGUACCCAAUGCACCACGAUUGAUUGGCAUCAAUUGUCAGGCGGAUAAGGCAGAUAUCUCAUGGGAGCCACUGGGUGACAAUCGUUCGCCCAUUCUCCAUUAUACAAUCCAGUUCAAUACAUCGUUUACGCCUGCAUCCUGGGAUACGGCAUUCGAGAAGGUGCCCAGCACCGAUUACUCAUUUGUGGUGCAAAUGUCACCAUGGGCCAACUACACAUUCCGAGUGAUAGCAUUCAACAAGAUUGGACCAUCGCCGCCAUCGGGACAUAGUGAAUCGUGUACCACGCAACCGGAUGUGCCAUAUAAGAAUCCGGAGAACGUUGUUGGCCAGGGCAAUGAGCCAAACAAUUUGGUCAUCACAUGGACACCGAUGCCAGAGAUUGAGCACAAUGCACCCAACUUUCAAUAUCGCGUCAGCUGGAAACGUGACAUUCCAGCCGCCGCCUGGGAGACCAGAAAUAUCUUUGAUUGGAAGCAGAGCAACAUCUUGAUCAAGGAUCAGCCGACGUUUGUCAAAUACCACAUCAAGGUGGAGGCCAUCAAUCAUCAUGGUAAAUCGAAUGUUGCCGCCGAGGAGGUUAUUGGCUAUUCUGGCGAGGAUCGGCCCCUCGAGGCGCCAACGAACGUUAGCAUGAAGCAGGUGAUGAGCGCAACGAACGCAUAUAUCAGCUGGAAUCCAGUUAGUGAGGAGUCGGUGCGUGGCCAUUUUAAGGGCUACAAGAUUCAGACCUGGACGGACAAGGAGGGCGAGGAGGGACUGCGUGAGAUCCAUACCAUACACAAUGAGGCACUGGUUACACAAUUCAAACCCGACUCGAAGAACUAUGCCCGUGUCCUGGCCUACAAUGGACGCUUCAAUGGUCCACCCAGUGCUGUCAUUGAUUUUGAUACACCCGAGGGUGUACCAUCGUCGGUGCAAUCUUUGGAGGCUUAUCCAUUGGGCUCAUCGGCCUUCUGGUUAACCUGGAAGAAGCCACUUCAUCCCAAUGGCAAACUCACCGGCUACAAGAUCUACUAUGAGGUUGUCAAGGGCAGCUUUGUUGGCGAACGUCGUGAAUAUGAUCCUCACAUCACAGAUCCACGGAUCACACGCAUGAAAAUGGCUGCAUUGAAACCCAACUCCAAAUACCGAAUCUCCAUUACAGCCACCACCAAAAUGGGCGAGGGCACCGAGCAUUACAUUGAAAAGAGCACACUGAAGGAGGAUUUUGCACCACCAUCACCGCCAACAUUGACAUGGGAGCAGGUUCAUUCCGACAACGGUUCGCCCAGGUAUCGCAUCUAUUGGGUGCCCAACACUGAUGGUCGUUCCGGCUCACAUUUCUUGACCAAGUACAGAAUUAAGGGUGAACCCAAAUGGCUUGAACAGCAGGAAGAGACGUCUAAGGACUAUCAGGAGUUGGCCAGUCUAGAGCCGGACACGGUAUACGAGGUUCGUGUCGUAUCCGUCGAUGGACACUAUCAAACGGACAGUGCGACAUUUGAAAUCGAUACGAAUAGCGCCGUCGGAAUUGGCGAGGCACCGAUAAGGGUGUCCAACGAGAGUCUGGCGAAUGCCGGCUGGUUUAUUGGCAUGAUGUUGGCCCUGGCUAUCAUCAUCAUUCUGUUCAUCAUACUGUGCAUCAUUCGACGCAAUCGCGGUGGCAAAUACGAUGUGCACGAUCGUGAGCUGGCCAAUGGCAGGCGGGAUUAUCCGGAUGAGGGUGGAUUCCACGAGUACUCGCAACCUUUGGACAACAAGAGCGCUGGUCGCCAAUCCGUUAGUUCAGCGAAUAAGCCUGGCGUGGAAAGCGAUACCGAUUCGAUGGCCGAAUACGGUGAUGGCGAUACAGGCAUGAACGAAGAUGGUUCCUUUAUUGGCCAAUAUGGACGCAAAGGACUUUGAUUUAAUUUGUAAGCAGCAACAAAUAACCGAACCGUACCCUCCAACAACAACAACAACAACAACACACCAGAACAACUACAACAACAGCGCCCAAAAUUCUAAAUGAAAAUCAAAGUUUUUCUUUAAGUUAAUUUUUAGUGCGACGAAUAAUUUUCUAUAUGAAUGCGAAUAAUCUUUUAUAUUAAAAACCUAAAACUAAAACUAGAGCUAAAAAAACAACAACAACAAAAUAAUAAUACUGCCAAGCAAAAUGAGAAAGAAGAUGAACAGAUCAACAAACUCCAACAACGAUGCAGCAAGAAGGCUAUUUAAAAGAAAAUACAAAAAAGAAAAUAUUAUGGAUAUUAUAAAAUGGAUACGAGGAUCAACAGGCGAUGAGAAACGAAUAGAAACGAAAAUAUCGCCCCCAACUACCCCUCAACUACCCACCUUCUCCCUUCCGUCUCUUAAAGCAGCUGCGUGAUUUGCUUGCUCGCUCUCUUCAUCCACUCUGUCUCUUUGUUAAACACACUCGCUUGCUAUCUUACCACAUUUGCUCUCUAAAUAUAUCGCGCUCUCUGUAACUUUUCUUUCCGCCACUCUUUUUAAUAUGUAUAAAAAAAAUGCAUAUAUGAAUAUAUAUGUAUAUAUUAUAUACAUAAGUCUUAAUUUAAUUUUUUUGUUUAAAAAACGUAAUGUAAAUUUUCCGUUUUAUCUCCCUCCUCGAAAAAAUAUUGCAUUCGUGUGUAUUUUUUUUUUUAAUUAAUGCUAUUUAGUUUUGUUUCAUAAUUUUAAUUUUGUGUACUAUGUAUUUUAAUGAAAUAUGUUUUUUAUUUGACUAUUUCUUAUUUUAUUUAACUUUAUUUUUUUUAUCUACUCGUUUUGGACAGUGAUUAAAGAAAAGUUGUAAACUGUAAUUUGUAAACGGUUUAAAUUCAACAAAA